AAAGAGCAGCAAGGGAGAAAAGCACCUGCUUUUAACACCCUUUAUUUAGCACUACUCCUCUGUUGCAGGCAGAAUAAGAACUCUGUAGGGCUGGAUUUCUUUUGAAAAGUAUUACCUUUUUUUUGAUUUAUUUCACUUCUUUUUUUUCUUUUUCUUAAGGAUAGAACAUAGUUUUGGAAGCGAUUGCUGAGAAGAUCAACCACUGUUGGCCAGGGUGAUCUCUGAGAGGCACAGAGGGCUGUAACUCAAGGAAAAGGUUUUAAGACCCGGCGGAUACAAUGUUCACUAAACUCUUCCAGCACUGGAGUUUCGCAGUGUUUCUCCUGAGUUAUUCCGUGCCCUCUUACGGGAGAUCAGUAGAAGGGAUCAGCCGCAGACUCAAACGGGCUGUAUCGGAGCACCAGCUAUUGCAUGACAAGGGCAAGUCAAUCCAAGACUUACGAAGAAGAAUAUUCCUUCAAAAUUUAAUUGAAGGUGUCAACACUGCAGAAAUCCGUGCAACUUCAGAGGUUUCACCUAACCCUAAGCCUGCUACCAACACGAAGAACUACCCUGUCCGAUUUGGUAGUGAAGAUGAGGGCAGAUACCUAACUCAGGAGACAAACAAAUCACAGACCUACAAGGAGCAGCCCCUGAAGGUAUCGGGGAAGAAAAAGAAAGCAAAGCCUGGAAAACGUAAGGAACAAGAGAAGAAAAAGAGGCGAGCCCGCUCGGCUUGGCUAAAUUCUGGCAUGUAUGGCAGCAGCGUGACCGAGAGCCCACUCUUGGACAACUCUGUUACUACACAUCAUCACACUUUAAGGAGGCGCUGACAUUUUCAGCAAGAGAUUUUUGGAAGACGUAUUGCAGUAUUCUGUAAUAGUGAACAUAUGGGAAGUAUUAAAAUAUUUAUUACCUGUAAAUAUUGUAAAUGCUCAGAAUAAAACCUUUUCCCCCCCAUUGCUCUCUGAAACUGCACAUUCGGUUAUUGUGAAUUUUCCUUUUUUUUUUUUUUUUUUUUUUUUUUUUUGGCUAAGGCUAAGACAAUUAUUAUUGUCACAUUUACCAUAAUUUAUUUUGUUGACUGGUGUAUUUAUUUUGUGAACGUAUCUUGGUGCUGCUGACUUUCUAUAUUUUUUGUAACAUAAUGCACUUUAGAUAUACAUAUCGAGUACAUUGAUAACUGACAUAAAAUGUUCCUGUCUUGUGGUUGACUUCAAUGAAUGCCUACAUACAGUUGUUCAAACUGAUUUUCCUUUGUGCAUGUAUAAUAGCAGUAUUUUAAAAUUUGUAAAGAAUGUCUAAUAAAAUAUAAUCUAAUUAAAU